AUGUAUCCUUAUAAAGCAAGAAAGAUCUACCCGACUGAUGCCAAUCCAUCAUUUAUGAUAUCAGGAGAUUUCAAUAAUGAUAAUAGACAAGAUUUAGUUGUAGCUACGGGUGAUAACCACAAAAUUAACCUAUUUCUUGGCAAUAAAGAUCAAAUUUUGCAAACUUCAGUGACAUAUACUGUUGGUGCGUAUCCAUCUUCAAUGACAUCAGCUGAUUUCAAUAAUGAUGGCAAGUUAGAUUUGGCGGUUACUAACUCGGGAAGUGCCUCUGUCAGUAUAUUGCUUGGAUACGGAGACGGAACCUUCCGUAGACAAAUAGUAUAUGUUACUGGCCAAAACCCAUGUUCUGUAAUAUCAGCCGAUUUAAACCAUGAUUACAACAUGGAUAUAGUAGUAGUUAACAAAGGUAACAAUACUAUUAGUUUAUUCUUUGGUUAUGGAAAUGGAAGCUUUCGAACUCCUAUCAUAUAUACAACUGUUAACAGUCCUGUUUCUGUAAUAUCAGCUGAUUUUAAUAAUGAUGCUAAUAUAGAUUUAGCAGUUUUGAGUCGAAACGACAAAAAUGUUAGCAUAUUAUUUGGUGAUCGAAAUGGAACAUUUCAAACUAAGACAACAUUUACUGUUGGCAUUGAUCCAAUUUCAUUUAUAUCAGCUGAUUUUAAUAACGAUAGUCAAUUUGAUUUAGCAGUCAUUAAUGCUGAAAGAAGUUGGGUCAAUAUGUUUCUUGGCAAUGGGGAUGGUACCUUUCAAACUUCAUUGAUAUACACUAUUGGUGAAUAUCCAAGCUAUUUGAUAUCAGCUGAUUUGAAUAAUGAUGGACGAUUAGAUUUGGUGGUGUCUAAUUUGUGGGGUGGACCUGUCAGUGUAUUGCUUGGAUAUGGAGACGGAUCGUUCCAUAGAGCUGUCACGCAUGCAAGUGGAGACAAUUUGAACAUGAUGAUAUCGGCUGAUUUCGAUGAUGAUGGAAAACUAGAUUUGGUAGUAGCUACCAGCAAUGACAAUAGGUUCAUUCUAUUAUGUGGUAACGGAGAUGGCACUUUUCUAAGUCAAUUAACCCAUCCAAGUGGUGUGUCUCCGAUGUCUGUAACAUCAGCCGAUCUCAACAACGAUAAAAAGCUAGAUUUAGCAGUAGUUAAUCGAGAUCGCAAUAUGGUUGGUAUUUUACUUGGUUAUGGUGAUGGAACCUUUGGAGCUGCGGCGACAUAUCCUGUUAGCAGCUAUCCCAUCUCCGUAAUAUCAGCUGAUUUUAACAAUGAUAAAAGUUUAGACUUGGUAGCGACCAGUGCCGGUGACCACAGAGUUUGCGUAUUACUUGGAUAUGGAGAUGGAGAGUUCAGAACCCAAGUGAAAUACGAUGUCGGUUCAUAUCCACUCUCCAUUGUUUCAGAGGAUUUUAAUCAUGAUGGAAAUAUUGAUUUGGCUGUACUCAACGCCGGUGAAAGUACCUUCAGUGUUUUACUUGGAAAUGGGGAUGGAACAUUACUCACUCAAGUAAAAUAUGAAGUACCCUCCUCUUUAUCUGCUAUGAUAUCAGCUGAUUUCAAUGAUGAUGGUAAUCUAGAUAUAAUAGUAUCGAAUAGAGAUAUGCAAAGNUUAACCAUCUAUCAGUCAUAUAGGCUACAUCUUAACUUAGUAUUUUGA